AUGGCGGGUCCGCCUCUCAACCUGGGCGGUAGCCGGGUCAGCUACGCCGGGAGGAGCAAAACCGUGGGAGAGACCAAGGAGGAGCUCCUCGCGCGGCGGGAGAAGGAGAGAGACGAACGCGCGGAGGCCAGGCGCAGGCUCCACGGCGCCGUCACCGUGCAGAGGAUCUGGCGCGGGCGACGCGACGCCGCGCGAUGGUGGACCGGCGCGCUCGCGGGUUGGGACCGCGGCUUCGGAGCCACGACCGCCGCGCCCACCGCGGCGGCGUGCUCCGACCGGCUCCUCCCUCCCCUGCUCGUCGCGGGUGCCGAGCGCGCGGGCGCGAUGCGGACCCUCCGCGCGCUCGCGUUGUUGCUCGCGUCGUGCGGGACCGGCGACGGGGAUGCCAACUGGUGCUCGCUCGCGGCGGCGUCGGCGGACGAGACGCGCGCGAGGUGGGUCCAUCAGGCCCGGCGGGUCACGGCGCUCGCGCUGGAUGCCGUAUCGCGCGCGGAGGCCGGGACCGAGGAGGAGGACGCGCUCGCGUCGUGCGCCGCGAGACUCGUCUCGAUCCUCCGCGCCCCGUCGGCGUGGAAGUUUCCCAUCCCCGACGCGGAGGCGCCCCGGGGGGGUCGCGAAGCCGCCGAAGCCGCCGCGGCGUCGCUGGCGGACCCGCGCGAGCUUCCAGCGGGCGCGAGGCUUCACGCGCGGGUGUGCGACGCGUUGGGAGAGCUGACGCGGCGCGACGACUCCGUCGCCGCGACACGGCUGGCGACGACUCUGUGCGCCGUUGCGACUGACCGGCUCUUCGUUUCGGCGGCGGCGGACGAGUCACCGGGCGUCGUCGAUCGACGCGCGGCGUCAUUUGACGAAGCGAAAGCCGCCGCCGUCGCGAGGGUCAUGGCCGUGCCCCUGCUGCACGCGCGGCUGCCGGCGGUGACGGGCGAUGACGCGAGGCUCACGCUGGUGACGACGACGGUGAUGUUGAUGCCCGGUGACUCACCAACCGCCAACGUCUGGACGCUCGACAACCUGCUCGGGCUCUGCACGGGGUGGCGCGCGAACGGCGGCGGGGUAGUCGUCGCGGAGGCGCGGCGAAGGCUCGCCAAAUUCGCCGCCCGCGUGGGCCGCGGCUCGUUCGCGAGCGCCGUCGCGUCUCUGUCGUCUACGACUUCGUCUUUGGCGAACGGUGAGUCACCGGCCCGAUCGUCGUCGGAUUCGCGGGCGGAACUCGAGGCACGGCGGCUCGGCGCGACGUCGUGCGUCGAGGAGACGUGGUUCGCGUUGGCGCUCGCGGGUUCGGACGCGGCGGGAGUGGACCCGAGCGAGGAGGGCGUCCGCGCGGUCGCCGGGCUGUACUGGCGUCUCCUGAAGGACGCGGGCGAUUUGGGAGGAGGAGGCGAUUCGGGAGGAGGCGGCGAAAGAGGAGGAGGGAUCUCCCCGUCCGACGUCGGCACUAGACGUCUCGCGUUGCUCGGCGCGGUCGCGUUCGCGCCCGGCCUCGCGAAGUCCCUGUGGCGUUCGCUCGCGGCGUCACUGCCCGCGAGCGAGACGCUUCCGAUGGCGGUCGAAGGCCCGGGCGCCGGCGUCGGGGCGUGGACGUCGCCCACGUUGUUAAACGGUGUUAUUAACGUGAGCGAGUCGGACCUCGCCACCGUCGGGCUGUUCUCGCUGGCGUACGCGCACUUACUCCUGGUGCUCGACGACGACGAGUUCUUUGACGCGCAGCGGCCGUUCACGCUCGGGGAACAACGCGGGAUCGCGGCGUGCGUCAACACACUCGUCGUGAGGACGCACCUACCCGGAGGUAAAAACGCGAAAGGUAAAAACAACGGGAUCGCGGCGCUGGAUCCCGAAAGGAGGACCGCGGUGCGCGCGGCGGUCGCGCUGCUGAAGGCGCUGCAGACGCGAGACGCGAGACGCGCGUUCGCUCCGCCCGGUCUAUGGCUCGCGCCCGCGUGUGGGUCGAAGCCCGCGCCCGUCGCGGCGUCAGCGUCGGCGUUGGCCGCGCACCUCGGAGUGACAUCCGGUGACUCGACGCCCGGUGACUCAUCGCCGGACGCGGCCGCCGCUUCUCGGGUGGGCGCCGGGCUGCUCGUGGACUGCCCGCACGCGCUCACCUUCGACUACCGCGUCGAAGUGUUUCGACAGCUCGUCAGGGACGAUCGAGCGAGGGCGGGGUACCGGCCGCAGGCUGGCGGCGUGGACGCGUCCGCCGAGGAAAAUCUCGGCCAGCGAGUAAGACCCGUCGCGGACGUGUACGUUCGCCGCGGGUCCGUGUUGGAGGAUGCGACGGCGCAGAUCUUACCUUUAGGGCCACGCGCGCGCGGGAGGCUGGCGGUGCGGUAUCGCAACGCCGCGGGGAUGGAGGAGGCUGGCAUCGACGCGGGCGGGCUGUUCAAGGAGUUGCUGGCGGACGUGUGCGGCGCGGGUCUCGAUCCGAACAGAGGGGUGUUUGCCUCAUCGUCAACUGCGGAUAACUACGUCUACCCCGCCGCCGCCGCCGGGGACUUCCCGGAGGGGCUCCUGCUGCUCGAGCUCGUCGGCAUGAUCGUCGGCAAGGGUCUGUACGAGGGCAUCCUGCAGGAGGUGCGACUCGCGCCCUUCUUCGCCAAAGCCGUGCUCGGCAUACCCCGCACCCUGGACGACCUACCCGGCCUGGACCCCGAGCUGCACAGGUCCCUGAUCCAGGUGCUGAGGUACGACGGGGACGUGGCGGACCUGUGCCUGGACUGGACCGUCUCCGAGGAACACCUCGGGGCGGUCAUAACGCACGAGCUCAGACCCGACGGCGCUUCGAAACCGGUAACGAACGAGUCCAAGCUCGCGUACGUGCACGCGGUGGCGGAUUUCCACCUCGAUCGUCGACGUCGCGACUCUAACGCCGCGUUCACCCGCGGGUUAGCGCACAUAAUUCCGCGCGGGUGGCUCAAACUGUUCGGGGUGAACGAGCUGUCGCAGCUCAUCGGCGGCGCGGACGACGGCGACGUGGACGUGGACGACUUGAGGCGACACGCCGCGUACAGCGGAGGGUACACCGCGGACAGCCGAGCCGUGCUCAUGUUCUGGGACGUGUUAAAGCACAAGUUCGACGCGAACGAACGCCGGGCGCUGCUCAAGUUCGUGACGAGCUCGUCGAGGCCGCCCGUGCAGGGUUUCCGUCACCUGCACCCUCCGUUUACGAUACACAAGGUUCGGCGCGACGACGGCGCGGCGGCCGGGGGGGCGUCGUCCGCUUUGGCGACGUUCUUCGGGUACAGGGGCGACACCGCACGGCUCCCGUCCGCGUCCACGUGUUUCAACGUGCUCAAGCUGCCCAACUAUCGAAAGUCGAGCACGAUGCGGGAGAAGGUGCGGUACGCGGUGACGAGCGGCGCGGGGUUCGAGCUGAGCUGA